AUGGCCCGGGCCAAUUUCCGCAUCCCAAGGAACGGAUUGCGACUUAUUGAGGAUGGCUAUGAGUACAUGCUUCGCCGCAUCCUAGGUCAAGUUGCGCGAUAUAUGGGGGAGCUGAAUGUUCAACAUGCCGUCUGUCGACUUAUGAGGAGACAAUUUUCCUCAGACAAGUUGAGACCCAAGCAGGUCGGACUAUCGAGUACUAGCCUCACAUACGGUGGCCGGUACGACCCUACUCCGAGUACACAAGACGUCCAUCUGUCUUUCAUACCGAGGCUUCGGACUUCGGUUUACGCCUAUCAUAAACAAACGCGUCGCCGACAUUGA